GGAGAUGGGAUAAUCCCCUCUCACUCUCCUUCGUCUUCAUUCCAGUGUACAAUGGCGGAAAGUGACCUCCCUGAAGAUGUUAUAGUGAAUAUUCUGUGUUGGCUGCCCGUGAAAUCCUUGAUCCGAUUCACCUCCGUCUCGAAACGAUGGCGUUUCAUCAUAUUAUCCGAUCCCAAAUUCGCCGCCUCUCAACUCAACAGAGCUCGUCAGCUGAAAGCCCUCGGUCCCCGACUCCUCUUCUGCACCGGCACCCCUCAGCUCGAAUCCCUGGACUUGGCUGAUAUGGCGUCGUUUGGACACCCUUCCUCCGUCAGACACCUGAGCCUCCCUCCCGAGCGACCGGGCGGUGCCGUCACCCUAGUGGGCUCCUGCAACGGUUUGGUGUUUCUAGCCUUUGAUACUUGCUACUUUUACACGUGGAACCCAGCAACCCGGUUGUUCGUGGAGUUGCCCGACCCAGGUUUUCCCGACGUCUGUCAAUGGGUUACUUAUCGCGGUGCUGGCUACUUGUCUGCCACCGACGACUACAGAGUUUUCGCAACCUGCUAUGGGGUGUAUUUUAAUGAAGAUGACGAGAGUUAUAUAGAGACGAAGAUGUUCUCCUCCAGAGCUCAAGUUUGGAAAACAAUCCGAGGCUCAGGUCACAAGUCCUCUCCUGAUCAGGGGAUUCUUUUGAAUGAGGCACUCCAUUGGGUCAAUUUUGAUGAAAUCCUUGCCUUUGAUUUUGCACCGGAGAAGUUCAGGACAAUGCGUCUGCCUGAUAUAGACGACCAGUAUGGUGUUGAUUUUCGCUAUGUUGGGGUUUCUGAGGGAUGCCUGUGUGUUUGUGGUUAUCUGAGCGGCCGUGAUGACUCUGUCGAUUUUUGGGUCAUGAGAGAAUAUGGUGUGGAAAACUCGUGGACUAAGCUCUUUAACUUUUCCCAUGGCGAUCCUGGCCGGUACAUAGAGUGGUGGGUUAUGGAAAGUUGUACAGUUGCCGUAAAAUGUGCUAUUGGUCUCCACCACUGGUUGUUGGUGAAGAUUGAUCAUCAACAAGAAGCGGAAAUUGACGACUAUAUGGUCUCAGGCAUCAAUAACUGCUACCCAAGCAUGAUUCCAUAUGAAGACACUCUGCUUCGGAUUAAUGAUUAGUCCUGACUCCUGAGUACUGUUCUGCUGCUCCUAGUCUUCCUCGAUGAUCAUUGACGAAUCAGUUUCAUGGAUAUUCGUAAAGAUGCAUGAUUUGGACCUGUUAGUUAUGGGAUUUUGUAGGAGUUAUGGCUUCAUGAGAUAUUUGUGGUCUGUACUUGAUGAAGUGACAUGGAUGCAAUCUAAGUGCUUAUGAGGUUUCUUUAGACUUUGGCUUUAGGAGCUAGCUAGGAGCUAUUGCCGGCUAUAUAUCUGUGCUUAAUGGCUGUUAGUUUAGAACGUACCUUCAUGUUUUUGUUUUCAGUUUAUCAGUCCUACCAGGAACAAAUAUGGGUCAGGCUAAGGAUAGAAAUAAGCCUAGCUAAAGGAGUACAACACUACUGUAGAAAUUAAGCCUAGCUAAGAUAAUCCUGUGUACCAAACAUCCCAUAGGAGAAUCAAACUUACUGUACAUC